AUAGUGCAGCGCCCCUGUGUCCUGAUUGUUAAGGUGGACCUUUCUGCCAAACACAUCUAUUUGCUGCCGCUACAACGCGCAGUGCUGAGGCGGUUCCACAGGAAAGAGCAAGCAGUCAGCAGCAAAAAGCGGCUGAACAACAACGGAAGCGAGAGCGUUUUUUGCAUUUCAGGACAAUUUCGUCCUACUUUAGGGGUGUGUCAAGGAGCAUGCAUUCAACGCGCAGGUUUAACGAAAAAAAACAUCUGCUAAUUUAAGUUCUUCGCUGCAGCAACUUUUCAGUCGUCAGUCGUUGUUUUCUUUGUUUUGACUAAGGAUUCAUAAAGGUAGUUUUUAAAUCUUGAGAAAUGUCUCGCAAGAAGGCUGCCAAAGGCAAAGCCGCGACCAGCAGCCCGUCUGCGGGCAGCCCCACCGGGAAAGGGAGCGGGAAAGCUGCGAGGAACCCGGGCAUUGUUCAGAUGAACGGCGUGGUCCAUCCCAGCAGACCCUCCAUCAGCAACAGCAGCGAGUUUUAUGACAUCGCCUUUAAGGUGAUGCUGGUUGGAGACUCUGGUGUGGGGAAAACAUGUCUACUAGUCCGUUUUAAAGACGGAGCUUUCCUGGCUGGCAGCUUCAUCUCAACUGUGGGCAUUGACUUUAGGAAUAAAGUCCUGAACAUUGAUGGAGUCAAGGUGAAGCUUCAGAUCUGGGACACAGCUGGACAGGAGCGUUUCCGUAGUGUCACUCAUGCCUACUACCGUGACGCCCAUGCUUUGCUUUUGCUGUACGACGUCACCAACAAAACAUCCUUCGACAACAUACAGGCAUGGCUGACUGAGAUCCAUGAGUACGCCCAACAGAAUGUGGUGCUCAUGCUGCUUGGAAACAAGGCUGAUGCCACUCAUGAGAGGGUGGUGAAGAGAGAAGAUGGCGAGAGGCUUGCAAAAGAGUUCGGUGUUCCCUUCAUGGAGACCAGCGCCAGGUCAGGUCUCAAUGUAGAGCUGGCUUUCACCGCAGUGGCAAAGGAGCUGAAGCACCGGUCUAUGAAGGAUCCCAGUGAGAAGUUUAUGCUCCAGGAGUACGUAAACAAGGAGAUAAAAAGCCCAGGCUGCUGCAGAACUUAAAGCCUGCCCGUGUGUGCGUGUGUGUGUGUCAAGUUCAUUUCAAACUGUAGGUGUUCAUAUCGGGCCCAUCACAGAUGAGUCAGCUCCAGUGAGGUAGUAGUCUGUUGUCCUGCACCCAUCUCACUGUCCUACUCUAUUUUGUUUGCCCAACUUUUCCUCCUCCACCUCCUGCUGCAGCUGUGAAUGUAGCUGCAGGUUGUGGUUUUCCAAAGACAAAGUUAGAAGCUGCCCACCUCAGUUUUAAAUCUAUUAAUGGACAUUUUCUUCCAUAACUUAAUUUGCAUGAUAUUUUAACCCCAGCAAUAAAUCGGAUACCUACCUUUGCACUACCUGGUUUGGGCAUUUUAUUGUUAAAGGGAUUUAAUCACAAUCAAACUUAUGUAUUAUGUACUGUAGGUAUUUUUGUAAGAUACAUGUUAAGCUAUUUAUUUCUCCAUUUCAAAUUUCAGUGACAGUCAACGUUUUGGUUGAAUGUUCUCUUCUUGGUCAGCACGUGGAUGAAUGUGGAUAUCAUCAGAUGUAAAGUAGUGUGUCUUAUGUUCAUGGUUCAGUGUUCGUGUCAGUAAUUCAACAGGCUCUAAAUGUUUUUCAGAGCCAGUUUAGCUCACCAGCAUAAACUCAAUCCAAGCAUUUCCAUUAUUCAGCUGUGGAUAUUUGGGAAUAUGUUUAACUAUCAAUUGAUGUUGCUAUUUUAUAUACAAGCUUAUGAAGUACAGACUAGCACCAAUAGCCACAGUACAGUUACAAGAUUUGACAUUACGCUGGAGGCAAAAUGAAGUAUACAGUAGUUGAAACAAGCCUUCAGAAACAUAUUACAAGGAUCAAUGUUGAGUCUUUGAGAGCUCUAAUGCAACCUCUCUUAUUGAAUAUGUAUAAUUUAGUUUUGGAAUUAUUCAAAACAUGAUUUGGCAAACAUGAUGUUAAUAACGUUUUUCUGCAUGUAAGAAGAAAUUGAGAAUAGCACUUUAGAUAGUACAUAAGAGUAUGGGUGGGGUUUUAGGGGGAUGUUGGGGGAAUAAAGACCCAUAGUAUGUUGACAAUGUUGCCUAAAGUAUUGUAUACAACAUACAGAUACCAUAUGUUGUAUGUAUAGUUCUUUAGAUUUUGAAUGUUUUUUUUGUAGGGAGUUGUGCAAACCUUAGUAGGCUACUAUAUUUCCUGCUUUUAUUUUCCAUUCACAAAUAUAUAAAUGGGGUAUAUAGUGCCAUUUCUUCUCAAACCUCUCCUUCAUAAAAGAAGCAUAGGUCUCUUUUUAUAUGACUGUUGCUUAGAUUACAUCUUAGUCAUAGAAACAGUACUGUACAUUUUCCAAUCUUGAUGUUCAGAGUAAUGUAUGGAUUUUUGGCUUUACUACUUUUUAAUGUGCAACUUCUUUCUUGUAAUUGAAAAUAAAUUACAAUAAAAACAGAAGGUAAUGUGGCUUUUACCCUUUUAAUAGAUGACAUUUCAGUUUCACUUACACAGAUUCUCCUAUACAACUCCACAGUGAGUUCAGUGCAUUAGUAAUAGUAAGUUUAACACCUUUCCUCUGUCUCCCUCUUCUGGAAUAAUAAGGAAAGUAAAUGCUAAUAUGCAUCACAAUUUCUAUAAAGUUUUACAAAAAGGAGAAACAAAGUAACGCAAGAAAAUUCUUAAAUGUGAUAAACAGUGCACACAGCAAUUUACAUUCAGCUGCUUGAAUUGUAAAAACAAAGCAAAAAUAACAAUUAUUAAAUAAUAAUUUUACCUGCAGUGCUUGGCAACAGCAAACAACAGCAAAUUAGAUACUACUAUGUCAAUGACAAUGGAGAAAACACCUUUUAAUAUUUGAUUCCUACUAACAUAACAUGUGCCUUCAGGUCAGGAUGACUGACCUC